ACAAAUACUAUUUUCCAGAUCGCAAGAAGAUGUUUGUGCUUCCGAAUACGAUGUAAAAUUCAUUGGGUUUGGAACAAAAUGUGAUUUACAAAACUACAUCCGUGUGUAUGUAAAUUAUUGCUUAGUUGAUGUACUAUAUGAAACUUUUAUUCUUUGUUUCAACAUGUGUCCAAAGAUUUCCAAAUACGGCAAGCCUACAGAAGGCAAAAAGAAAAUAUUUUUUUUGGUUUUGCCUCUCGUGGCAUUAUGCAUUGGACUUUAUCAACAGAGAGAGAUAGCGAAGGAGGAGGACAUUGGGCAACCUUUACCGAGUGCAACUCAUAAGCGAGGUCAAGUACCACACUGUAUACCUCCAGCUAUCAAUGAAUUUCCAGAAGAUCUAUUCACACAAGAACAGAGGCAAAGUGGAUUUGUGAUCAUCCACAUAAUAGCUACGGCGUAUUUUUGUCUCAUCUUAGCAAUUAUCUGUGAUCAGUUCUUCGUCCCUACUCUAGAAAUAAUUGCGGAGUCUCUGAACGUGCCCGUCGAUGUAGCAGGUGCAACAUUUAUGGCCAUUGGUACGUCAUCUCCUGAGCUGUAUUCAGCUGUCAUUGGUUCUUUUGUGACGAAAGGAGAUAUCGGUAUUGGAACUAUCGUCGGAUCAGCUGUAUUCAACAUUUUAGGCGUUACAAGUGUAACGGGAUUACUGCUUUGGAAACAAGAAUCGCCCGUGGAUUGGUUCCCAAUAUCAAGAGAUUGCCUCGUUUACAUAUUUUCUGUAACAACUCUUAUUUGUAUAAUUCAAGACAAUAUUGUAACCAGCCUUGAAUCCGUCUUGCUGCUAAUGAUGUUCGCAGUUUACAUAACAGUGAUGUACUUUAAUUCUAGCAUCAAAGAAUGGGGUGAAGGCACAGUGGACGAUUUGCAUAAAUGGUGGAAAAAAAGCCGACGUGCCAGAGCCAGCUCCUUCAGGCACCGAUCCUUGUCUUUGAAAGCUAGCAGAAUAGGAGAUCCUCGUCUCCUACUCCCAACACCGACUGCACCUUCACUGGAUACUACUGAUAGCCACUCAAAUCUUCCGGAUUAUAAGGAUGACAGGAGUGAUAGCACUAGCUCUUCUGAGUCUGAACCAGACGAUGACCUGAAGCCCUGGGCCGUCCCACAAGACAGCACAUUUCAGUUCAUUUUGUGGUUAAUUACAUGGCCAGCUUUAGUGGUACUAACAGCUACCAUACCCUCGUGUAAAAAAGCAAAUCAAGGAAACUUUGUGAUCACAUUCAUCUCUUCUGUUAUAUGGAUUGGAGUUAUUUCAUAUAUGUGCUCGUGGAUGGUCACGAUAAUCAGUCACACGUUUGGUCUGCCUGAUUCUGUAGCUGGUAUUACUAUUUUGGCAGCUGGAAUAAGUGUACCAGAAAUAAUUGCCAGUGUAAUUGUGGUCAAGAGUGGUGAAUAUUUUUUUUCUCUUUUAUUUUUAUUGUUUGGUCUA